AUGCAAGCCCUACCAGAGUCUCGCCAACAAACUUUCGAGGAGAUCUACGGCCCUCCAGAAAACUUCCUCGAGAUUGAGGUGAAAAAUCCACAAACUCACGGUUCCUCUCCUCGUAACAUGUAUACCUCUUAUGAAAUCCACACCCGUACCAACAUUCCGGCCUUCAAACUUCGUCACUCGGUCGUCCGCCGCCGAUACUCCGACUUCGAGUACUUUCGAGAUAUCCUGGAGCGAGAAAGCGCCAGAGUCACAAUCCCACCACUACCUGGAAAAGUAUUCACGAACAGAUUCUCGGAUGAUGUGAUUGAACACAGGAGGGAAGGGCUUCAGAGGUUCCUACAAAUAGUGGUCGGACACCCGCUGUUGCAGACCGGGAGCAAGGUUCUCGGGGCAUUUAUACAAGAUCCGAACUGGGAUCGUAAUGCUUGGUGA